AUGCCCGGAGUCCCCUCCAAUAAAGCUUGCGAGAGAUGCAAGAAGCGGCAUCUGAAGUGUGAUGAGACUCGCCCGCAUUGUGAACGAUGUGAAGCCGCUGGCGUGGAAUGCCCCGGGUAUGUUCAAACUCGAAAGUUUAUCGACCAAGGAGCAUCAGUACGGCGCCGGUAUGCUCCGUAUCCACACGCGAAGCCCGGUGAAAGCUCCGAAGAUCACAAAAGUCAAACUCAGCAUGUAAAUAUUCCAUCAGAUCCUUCUGCUGAGCAAUUAGAAGGUCCUUCGGGUACGGAGAUGCCCCGGUCGGGCCUUAGCUCUCAGAGAGACGAGGCUAGAGCUAUUUCAAGCCAUCCUUCCCAACCGGCUCAGGCCGGCUCAUCGCUUCAACCGGAGAUGGGAUCUUUACAAAGUCAAUUCCAGGUUUUUGAUGACAUAAGUGCUCCCUCCGGCUCUCGUCUGAAUCAAUCUGCUACCAGUGGUGCCGCCCGAAGUCCAAUCGUGGACUCAAUAUCGCCGAAUGCCACAACGGGACGCACCCCGGCUUCUGAAUCUACAUACAACAAGGCCUCUGUCGGUCAAUCACAACGCGAAAGAUAUAUGUCUUCAGAAAGUGUAUCCCAGCGGAGUGAGAAGGAAGAAUUUCAAGACAUCUUCUCGGAGCUAACGACGGGCUCGGAGCACGAACUCGCAUUCCUAUCCCGUCACUUCACAGAGAUAAUUGCCCCUUGGUUAGAUCUCUCUGAUUCAACCAAGUUUUUCUCGGUCUACGUGCCAAUAAGAGCCAUCAAUUCCCCGUCGCUGAAGUACGCCAUUGCAGCUUUGGCUGCGAAACAAUUAGGUCGCGUGAAAGGAAAUAAAUUGUCGGCUGGAGGGGGCAUGUUCACCAGCUCGGCUACAACUGAGAUGUACCCCAAUGCAGCCGAGACUGACUGGUUCCUCAAAGCUGCUAACUACUAUUAUAUGGCGGCAUCAGACAUGAAUAACUCCUCCUCCUUUGGCUACAGCGCACACAGCUCAGCCGUCUUAGAAUCGCCUAUCGAGAUAGUCAGCCGAUGGCUAAAAGUGUCCGUUUUGCAAGGAGGCACACGAGAUCCCUCCAAUGGUGGCAAAUUUCUUCGGAAAACAGAGGAAAUUUUGGCAACAGCGGUACUUUUGAUAUUCUAUAAGCUUCUUGAUGCAGAUGGCGAUCAAUGGCCCACGCACCUUACUGGUAUUCGCGGUGUCUUCGAGACCCUAAUGAGUGUAGAUCAAUUGAACCUGACGGCAUUCACCCACGGCAUUCGUGCCUGUUUCUGGAACCUUGCUCGCCAAGACUACCUCGGCUCGUAUUUUACACGAUGUCCGACUCACUUCGACCCAACAAAUCUCCCCAUGUGGCGAGCUGCAGGAAUUUCUAUCGACGAAAACGAAAAAUUCCAGAUAAGCCUAUACGGCUCAAGCAAUCUCUCCCAGGAAGACCAGGCAGCGAACGGGAUCUGCUGGCUGGUCUCCAAGGUCAUCAACUUUCUAGCAGAAUCUAAGCAAUCGCAGAUUGCACAGUGGACCGGGUCGCCAUCUAAUAGGCCAGCUGGAAACCAGGAAUCCCCAGGAAGUGCUGAUCAGAGUGCAAGUACUUGGCUUGAUCUUUGCUUUGAUUUUCAAACUUGGUUUGAGCGUGUACCUGAGACUUUCCGGCCCUGUGUGCGGAUCGAUCACCCAAGAGACUUCUCACACCCAUCUGAAAAUAUCAGGUUGCCCUUCCCUGAGGUCUUUUUCAGCCUUUCGACAUGUGCUGCCACUAUGCAACACUAUCACUUUGGCAGAAUCGCUCUAUUGAUAAACCAACCUGAAGACGUUGUUAGUGCCCCAAGCACGGCAUUUGAUCGUUUACAGGGCUAUCGAGAGGUCACCAAAGAAGUAGAAUAUCGCACUCGUGAAGCUUGCGGAAUUGCAUUGGGCCGCCCACAAGGUGAUGUACGGGUUCACAUGGUCCCGGUACUGCUUGCACUUGGUCAAUGUCUCGAGACCCCUGAUGAGCAUCAAAUAAUUCUCAAUCUCCUCCGGGGAGUUGAGGCCGAGCUUGGCUGGGCUACAGAAUACAUUGUUACAAAGUUGGAAGCGUCCUGGAAUCGAUGA